AUGGCUAAGAGUUAUAGAAACUCGAGUAAGACAUCCAGGAAGCCAAAGAGACCAUAUGGAAAGGAGCGCUUGGAUUCUGAACUAAAAUUGAUUGGUGAAUACGGUCUCAAGAAUAAGCGUGAAGUCUGGCGUGUCCAAUAUGUUUUGGCAAAAAUCCGAUCUGCUGCUCGACAUCUUCUAACCCUUGAUGAGAAGGACCCAAAGAGGCUAUUUCAAGGAGAUGCCCUUCUUAGGAGAAUGGUUAGAUACGGGCUUUUAGGGGAGGGGGAACAAAAGCUUGAUUACAUUUUAGGCCUUACAACGGCCAAGCUGAUGGAGAGGAGGUUGCAGACUAAGGUGUUCAAAUUAGGCCUAGCCAAAUCUAUUCACCACGCUAGAUGCAUGAUUAGGCAGAGGCAUAUCAGAGUUGACAAGCAAAUUGUUGACAUCCCUUCCUUUAUGGUGCGAGUCGAGUCUGAAAAGCACAUUGAUUUUGCAAUCACUUCACCGUUCGGAGGUGGCAAGCCCGGGAGAGUUAGGCAGAAGACUCUAAAAAACUCUUCCUCUAAACAAAAUGAUGAUGACGAAUGA